UAAUGGUGUAAUAAUCUUGAAUCUAGCUGAGCAGAGAUCAAACAUCCCUGCGCUGUCCUAAAGUCUUACAAGCAGCAAACCUGGCACGGGCUGCUUCCCUGAAGAGGACAGUGACUAACCUGCACAGGUAUCAGCGGCUGGUUUUAAGGAUGCUUUUGUCCCGACAUCAGACCUGGAGGUAACCGCACGUUGUCUGUGGAGUGGAGAUGGUCCACUGGACUACACAGUGGGGGACAUGUGUCUGUGUCCAGACUCUGCUGGCCUUUGCCUUGGCCAACUGUCCCUCACUUUCCCCCAGCCCUGUCAACUUCUCUGUAGUUUACACAAUGCCCUUCUUCCAGGCCCGGGGCCCUAUCCAGAACAUAGUCAACAACUCGUUUUACCAGGAGGUGUAUGUUGCCUCUCAGAAUGUCAUCGAAGCUGUCAACAGAAGCUUGGAGAAGGUGUGGGAGCUCCGCACUGGGCCGGUGGGAAGCCUAGAGUGUAAAAUAUGUGAUUUGUGCGACAUUGAUAAGGAUCCGAACUUCCUCGAGGACACAAACAAUCAGGUGUUGCUGUUGGAUACUCUCUUUAUGUAUUUAUACUCUUGUGGAAGUUCUCAGUACGGUGUAUGCUAUUUCCACCAACUUAACUCAAGUGGAGUGUUGCCUUCUCUUUCUAAGUGUUUGUUCAGAAAGGAUUCAAACUCUGCUGCCUACUGUCCCGACUGUGUGGCUAGCCCUCUUGGUACCAAAGUCACUAUGGUCGAAGAGGGUCAGACCGUCUACUUCUUUGUUGCCACCACUGUCAACGACAGUGUGACCCAGCGUUACGGAAGGAAGUCUAUAUCAGUGCGUCGACCAAUGGCCACAGAAGAUGGUUUCUUCAGUGAUGUGCGUGGCUUGACUGUCCUUCCGGGCUUGCGGAGGACAUACCAUAUUGAAUAUGUCUACAGUUUUUUCACCCAGGAGUUUGUCUACUUCCUCUCAGUUCAGAGAGAGAGUCCCGAUCAGGACUCCUCUCCAUUUCAGACUCGCUUGGGCCGACUCCCACGGAAUGAAUGGGAGAUGAAGAGGUAUCGGGAGGUGAUCCUGGAAUGCCGGUUUGAACCAAAACGGCGGAGGAGGAACGUAGCCAGUGAACCCUAUAAGGAUGUGGUGUACAACGUGGUCCAGGCAGCCCAUUUUGGCAAAGCAGGCAGGGAGCUGGCAGAUGAGUUAGGGGCGGAGGAGGAGGAUGACAUCCUCUAUGGGGUUUUUGCUGUUACUGAUGACAACGGGGUCACGGAGCACGACUCAGCCCUGUGCGCUUUCCCAAUGGACAACGUGAACAAAGCAAUCGUAGAUGGGGUAGAUGACUGCUGCGAGUCUGGACCAGAGCAGCUCUCUAGAGGACUCUGCCAUUUCCAGCCCUGCGAGAGCUGUCCACAUGAGAGCAUGGAGAACAACGCCACAUGUAGAGACCAUCCUACUAUGGUGUCAAAGCCCUACUACAGAGUGGACCUCUUCAACAGGCAGAUGACAGACGUCCUGCUCACAUCUUUGCUGGUCACAACUAUAGAGAACAAGACCGUAGCCCAUAUAGGCACCUCUACUGGACGCCUGCUGCAGCUUGUAUUGACAAGAUCCAGCCCUAUUAUCUUUGCCAAUUACUCUUUGGUAGAGAACCAGAGGGUCUCGUCGAUUGCCGCCGUUUACUCAACAGAGUAUCUUCUCUUUGUGGCUGGAGACAAGAUGAUCCAGGUGCCCCAGAGAGGGCCGGGCUGUCAACACUUCCUGACUUGUGCCAUGUGCCUGACAGCCCCUAAAUUCAUGGGCUGUGGCUGGUGCUCUGGAGUGUGCUCCUGGGAGAGCGAGUGUCACAGUCGCUGGAGGAACGAGUCCUGCCCACCGGGGAUCACUGGGUUCUUUCCACGGACUGCUCCUCCUGAUGGUCAAACAGAGCUAACGGUGUGCGGAUGGGAGUUCCAGUCCCCCUUAAGACCUGCCAUCACCUCCAGAACCCACCAGGUCCGAUUGGGACCGACUGCUUGCACUGUGCUUUCAGUCAAAAGCAACAACACACACUUGGUGUGUAAGAUUCGCUCUCGGGCCACUGAGCUGUCCAAACCAGUUAACAUCACAGUGGAGGUGCACGAGGGCAAGGUGGAGGGACGCUACUCUAUUGACGGGAAGGCAGAAAUGCCAGGAUUCACCUUUGUGAUUCCUAACAUCACAGAAAUCCAGCCCAACUAUGGGCCUCGUGUUGGGGGCACACUCAUCACAGUGACUGGACCUCACCUGGAUGCUGGAAAGACGAGGAAAGUCACACUCAAUGACAUGCCCUGUCCUAUAAAGAGAGUCACAAAGCCCAAAGGCAAUGUGUCCUCCAUCAUCUGUCUGUCCCAGCCCAUCUCAGAGGUGAGGGACGUCCCUCUGAGUGUUUUCAUCGACAAGUCUCCUGUCCUCACCACAAAGGUGUUUUACUACAAAGAAAACCCGAUGAUUACAGCUGUCCUGCCUGAUUGUAGCUUUGACAGGGGGUCAAAGAUUGUCAUUGGGGGGGAGAACCUGGAUUCUGUUUACCGCACCAUCAUCCGCUUUAAACCCAAUGAGAGCCACUUGAAACCUGUGACAAGGGAGUGCAUAGGCAAGUCCCUGCCCACGAGGAUGGAAUGCAUUUCUCCUGCAUUCCCCAGGGAUGAGACCGAGGAAGGAGAGCUUUCUUUUGACAUGGACGGAGCGUUGGGACUUUGGAACAAAGAGUUCUCCUACCACCCGUACGGCGAGCCCAUACCUUUUGAAACAGAGGGACACGUGCUUAAUUUGUACCCUGGGUUUGACGAAGUUUCACUACAUCAUCAAAAGCUAAAUCUGGUGAGCUCCUGUAUGACCAUCAUUAUGACGGUGGCGGGUGUCGAUUGUGAUGCUAAAGUCCUGGAUAAUGAGAUCACCUGCAGAAUCCCCAAAAACAUGACCAUCCCCGGUGAGGGACUACCAGUGAAGAUCUCCAUCAACGGGCAGGUCCACAAUGUUGGUACGGUGGUGAGGGUCAGCAACCACUACAUGGUGGGCAUUGUCCUGGGGAUCCUGGCGGCUCUGGUGGCCGGGGCAGUGCUGGCCUUCGUUGUAAUGAAACACUUAAGGAAGAAGAAGAAAGCCUCCAUGGUAGAGUCCCGUUUGGCCCACAGUGCUAGCCACUCUAAUACAAAUAAUGUGGAGCUGUCGCCCGUUGGGGACUACAGGAGAGUAUCCCUGAAUCCUCCUACCCCGCUGGGGGGUGCGGUGGUGUUUCCCAGCCUGAGCUACGGUGCAGGCAACAUAGAUCCUACCCUCACUCCCCUCAUGCCUUCAGAGAAGAUCUCCAUCUCCAGUUUUAGGCCAGAGCUGCUAGAGGAGGUGAAGGAUGUUCUUAUUCCCGCUGAGAUGCUUGUUGUGCAACACCAGCGGAUCAUAGGGAAGGGUCAUUUUGGCACUGUCUAUCAUGGAUAUUUCACAGACCACAACAACAGAGAAAUCCACUGUGCUGUCAAGUCCUUGAAUAGAAUAACAGAUGUCGAGGAGGUGGAGCAGUUUCUGAAGGAAGGUAUCAUAAUGAAGGGUUUCCACCACAGUAAUGUGCUGUCCCUGCUGGGCAUCCUCCUGCCGCAGGAAGGGCUCCCUCUAGUGGUGCUACCGUACAUGAAACACGGGGACCUGCGGCACUUCAUACGCUGCGAGAAGAGGAACCCCACUGUGAAGGAUCUGAUUGGCUUCGGGCUGCAGGUUGCCAAGGGGAUGGAGUAUUUGGCUCAGAAGAAGUUUGUGCACAGAGAUCUUGCAGCACGCAACUGCAUGCUGGACGAGUCAUACACAGUGAAGGUGGCAGACUUUGGCAUGGCCAGAGAUGUUUUUGAUAAGGAGUAUUACAGUGUUCAGGACCACAGGAAGGCUAAGCUGCCUGUCAAGUGGAUGGCCAUCGAGAGUCUGCAGACACAGAAAUUUACCUCCAAGUCUGACGUGUGGUCCUUUGGUGUGCUGAUUUGGGAGACGCUGACCAGAGGAGCGAGCCCCUACCCAGAGGUGGACCCUUAUGACAUAACACAUUACUUACUGAAGGGCAGGAGGCUCCACCAGCCUCAGUACUGCCCUGACCCUUUGUAUAGCAUUAUGCUCCAGUGCUGGGAUCCUGACCCAGAGUUGAGGCCCAGCUUUGCUACGUUGGUGUUGGCUGUCUCCACCAUCUUGUCCGGCCUGGAGGGAGAACACUACAUCAGUCUGAAUGUCACCUACGUCAACCUGGACCAGCCGCGGCCCUACCCCGCCCUCACAGAGUCAGCUGACGAAUACGACUCCUCAGAUGUUGAAGACUCAGGUUCGAUCUCUUCCUGAUCCACUUAUCUUCCUCACUCGACUUUCAACUGGUAUCGGUGCUAACAACAAGAGCGAACCUCGGCCAGCUCGCAACAGUGUCUUUUAAUACAAAGCAUCUGAAACAGAGAUGAUGCCUACUGUUUGUGUGCACGAAAGUGGUAGUAAGAUGCUUUCAGCUGGCAAAGCACAUCCAAGCUGAGUAAAGUUUGAGCUAUUUAUUCCAUCUUAAACUGGGUAUACACUGUUCGCUUUUAGAAAUGUUGUUGUUAAAUUCUAAUGUCUACUGUACGGGUAAAUCAUCUGUGAUAUAAGCCAUUACUCACCAUUUCUGCGCUCACACUGAACGGUCUGAUCGUCAAUCUGCAACCUGAGUGCUCACACUUAGACCCUGAGGACCAUUCUGGCUAUUGACUUUAUUGUUAAUGAAGAUGCGUUUGAAAGCACGAGGCAGGUAGAAGUUUGUCUGCUAGCAGAGGUUAACACCACGAGGCAAGUAUGCUGUUGCCACAGCUCGACCAACCUGGGUUCAAUAAUCUCCGUCCAAAAGGCGCGUCGUGUUGCCGUGGAACGUUCAGAUGCUCUGUUUGCCACUUUGCGCAGGCGCAGUAAGAAAAAAAAGGCACUGACCUCGGGGAGUUAACUCGUGUCUCUGUAUCAACUGUGGGCAAGCCUGACGAAGGCAGACCAACAUUUAUGACACGUCAGAAAUUCAUCCAAACGACCAACGGCCGGUCAGGAGCAGUUGAUCGGGCCAUGAUCAGUCCUCGCUCCCCCUGUACACUGCAUGGCAAAUGACACCCGACAAAGCUGAAAUUUGGUUUGAUUCUCGAAUGAGUCGUGCGGCUCAAAAAUCGGGUCAAAAAAGGUCUCAAAUCGUACAGUGUAUGCCCAGCUAUUAAAGGAUUUUAUAGACAUUUAGUUUCUGUGUUAUCUUUCAUUGCUAACAGGUGUCACUGAUGAUAUCUUUAACCAGUGUUGAGAAAAUAAACAACAAGUAUCCAGUAGAAGCUAAUUAGCAUAACACUGGUUGGCUAAAUCAGCCUGCAGGUUAGCUAGUUAGCUUACAAUGGUAAAAAAAUAAAUAGUUUGUUCACAUUAACUGAAGCAAACGUCUUUACACACCAACAGCAAAUGAAAGCUCAGGCUACAUAGAUAAACGACUCUUACUCUCCUUUACGUCUUUUUCACAUAGCCUAUCUGUUUUUUCUUCCUCAGCUGGUAAUGUAGACAUUAUAAAUGCAAAGCCAGUUCUUCCAUGUCCAUGUCUAACAUUGUUGACUACGGAAUAGAGGAAAGAUCUUACAAAAAGCAGAGCAUCCAUGUAAUUCAGUGGCACGUUAGCUUAUUUUUACUACCUACAGCAUAGUGUACUGUUACAGCGGCAGAGCCCAUGUGUGUAUAUAUGCGUACCCACGUUUGCUUAUAAUUAUUUUGCAGUGCAGUGAUUGUUCUGUAUAUUUUGGAUCACACUUCUGUAAGGCACAAUGUUGACCACAGUGUCCUGAAUGCAAUCUGUUGUCACCGUGUUGCUUGUAUUUCUGACACAAAUGUCUUUGAGAUAGUGUAAUAAAUUAAAAUAUUUAUUUGUUUAUA